AUUGUCCUUCACAAAUGUGACCUUUUUGAAAUUGUGUUUACAUUAGAGAUGGUCAGCCUUCCAGGAAUAGGGAAUUUUAACUACUCAAAAAACAUGCGAAUUGAGGAUCUGUUAAUGAGAAAAAGGGCCAGUGAAAUUGAGAAAUUCAUGCAAUGGGAGAAGCAUUCGAAUUAUCUCAACCACUCAAAUGUAAGAGCAGAAAAGGAAAAAGAGUGGUCAUCAAACAAAUUCUUAAAACAAAGCCAAAUGGCUUAUGCAGAGCAAAAUAAAGAGCAGAAUGAUAAAAAUCUCGAGGAAAGAAGGAGAAAAUUGCUUCAUCUUUUGGAAUGUGAUGCAGAAAACGAGAAGAAUUUGCUCGAGGUAUAUACUGAGCGUUCUAAGGGAAAAUCUGCUAUGUUGAUUCGGUCGACUGCAUUAAAGCAAGCACGUGACUUGGAAAAAGCAAAGAUUGCUGAAAAACUCCUAGCAGAACAUUUCAGAAAAAACAACCCAGAUUUGAGGGAGUUGGCGCGAGUGGCUGGUCAAAAUCAUUUGGUAGAUGGUUGGAGGGAACAAUUAAAUGAACGUAGUGAGUUGAAACAAUCAGAGACAAUGAAUGAAAUUGUCAAUGAAGAAAUUGAAUCAGAAACUAAAAAACGUGAUGAAAAACAAGCUGAAUUAUUGGAAUUACAACGUUUACAAGCUAAAGAAAAACAUUUAGAGCAUCUUCGACAACAAUUGGAUGAAUUAAAUUCACGUGAAAAAGAGGCAAAUAAAUUAGUUGAAAAAGAAAAAGCAUUAAUUAAACAAUUAGCUCAGAUUGAUCGAUUAGAAAAAGAACGACGUAAAAUUGAAGAAAAAUGUCAACGUGAGCUAUAUGGACGUGCACUACUGCAUCAACAUCAAACAGCGUUAAGAAAACGUUCAGAAUUUAUACAAUCUGAAUUAAAAGCUGAUUUAAAUUGGUUAAAUCAGUUAGCUGAACAAGAAAAUUUAGAUUAUGAAAAUGCUAUGGAGAAAAAGCGUACAGAAAGAGAUAACGUGCUAGCAAUGCAAGAAUUAAUUGAAUGUGAAUUGAAAAAAGAGAAAAUUAAAGAAUUAGAAUUAAGUGAAUUACAAGCGUAUGAAGCAUCAAGGAUAUGGGCUAAACGUGAAGAAGAAUGGCGUAAUGAAACAGUUGCUAGACAAAAACUUUUACAAGAAGUAAGUUUGGUUUAUGUUAAUCGCGACAAAUGGAUAGAUUGACGAACAGCUAAUCGAUAUAUGUGACCCUUUGUCGCGAUGAUUGGCUAAUUUAAUGUAACUCUCACCACGUGAUGUGACCUUGAAUGCUCUUUAUUUCCUGUCACUCUGUUGUGUGUAUAUAUAAUUAACUGUUCAUUUUGUCCGUUCCUUCAGUACUGUUCGGUAUGUUUUUGUCCUUUCUUGAGUUACAAUGGAUUUGUGCCUUUCUUGGUGUAAUUGUACGCUUUAUUUUAUGUUUUAGAAACAGAUAAAGUUUAAGUGAAGUUACUCUGUUUUUAACUAUAGUUAAGCUAAGACUCUGUGUCGUCAGUACUGAGGACGGACUAAAUCUGUAGGCAAAACUAAUCCUACAGUUUAUUGUUUUUUAUCUAUUUAUUUCACUGUUUUUCAGUUAAACUUUAACAAACAAAUUCAAAGAAUAUCAGGGUAUUUAAUGACAAAUGAAUUGUAGCACCUAUGGUGAAAGGCUUCAACAGAUGCCCUUUUCGCCUGACAGUAAAGAUUACAUAACCCGAUAGAAAGUGGAAUGAAGGAACAACCCUGGCAGGCAAUGAACUAACUAACUACCUAUCCCCCCUCCACUCCUCCCCGAUAAAUGAACACUAAGAAAUGGAGAUGGAUUCGACAAACUCUGAGAAGAUCUCUAUACGACACCACAACAAAGGCCGUAGAAUGAAAACCAGAUGGGAAGGAAGCAGUUGGGUAUCCAUAGGUGAGACACGAAAGAGAUUAGGUCAAGGUGAAAUGAAAACUUGUGAGUGGCGGAAGAGCCAGCUAGAAUUGAUAGCAGAUGGCCGACUAUAUUCGAGAUGUUCCAGUGAAGCUGUACAUUCCACUGGGAACGCAGGGAAUGACCAAGAAAAAGGAAGGAGGACAUAUAAAUCAGAAAAGAGAUCUCCUUUUGUAACUGUGACAAAAAAUAAGCACCAACAAUUCAGCGAAGAGUCUGUUUUAUUUUUUUUUUUUUGGCGAAUUCACUCACCUAACUAAACAAUUGCCA